AUUAUAGCGGGAAAUAAAAAAAUGGCGACAGAUACACUUUAUCUCGAAAAUUUAGAGGAAUACGUCAAUGACGAAAACAAAAUAGUAACAUACAGAUGGUUCAGUACCAACUUGAAAGUCCAUGUCAACCAGGCCAAACAGAUGCUGUAUGCAUUUGUUCAGGACCAGAGGAACAACCAUGAUAAUGACAACCUAUCUGUGACCUACUUUGUGGCUGGACUGACCAAACCAGUGAAUGGUCAUCAGCAGACUCACAAAUGUACAGUAGUGAAGGAGGAGGACUUAGAGGCUUACCGUAGUACCCUGUCUGUCGUCACAAGUUCCCAUAUAUACAGUGUACAGAGGGCUAACCUCAAGGAUUCGUGUGCCCUGUACACAGCAGAGUAUGAUGCUAUCAAGGAAUCCAGCAAAUACACCUCUAUCAAAUUUGCAAAGGCAAAAUUAAGAUCUGGAGCAGAGAUUGAGUCACUAUGUAAAACUUCUGUCCCACAAACAACAGAAACGAACAAGCAAAUCAAGACAAAUGGCACCUCUACCACAAAUGGGCAGAGUAAACCAGCUGCCAAGCCGCAGCAGAAAGCCGGCAUCGCUGGAAUGUUUGCCAAGGCAGCUAAGAAACCUGAGAACAAAAAGGAGGAACCGAAACAAGAAAAGGAAGUAAAGGAAAACAAACCGGAAAAGAGCGGCACAGCAGCUAAGAAGGGAGGGAUGAUGUCUUUCUUCUCAAAACAAACAGAUAAGAAACCGGAACAGUCCGCUAGAGAAGAAACCAAACAGGAGUCGAAACCGGUCAUCAAAACAGAGAAGAAAGACGAUUCCUCUCCUCCUCCUCAGAAGAAGAAAGUUGAACCAAAGAAGGCAACAAAGAAAACACACAGGAAACCUGAUUCAGACGACGAGUCAGAAAACAAGAAGAAGCGGAGGAGGAUAAAGCAGGACUUGUUCGACAGCAGCAGUGAGGAGGAGGAUGUGGAGAUUGAAGAUGACAGUCCGGUCCCGAGUCCGAUACGGGAGCUUGUAACAGUUCUCGCCUCCGACUCCGAGGAGGAAAUGGAAGUCACAGAACCAAGCCCAAAGAAACGCUCCCCACAGAAGCCAUCGCCAGAGAACCGGGAGAAUGGGGAGAGGAGGAGAAAACGGACACGUCGGCAGGUUCCCAAAACAUUUAUGGAUGAUGACGGGUAUAUGGUGACGGAGAAAGUUUGGGAAAGUGAAUCGACCGAUGCUUCCGAUGUGGAACCACCUCCAGCGGUCACCAAGGAAACACCUAAACCUCAGCAGAAAAAGUCCCCACAGAAAUCUCCGCAGAAAAAGUCGCCUCAGAAAAAAUCGCCACCAACAGGCAGCACGAAACAAAAGACCAUGAUGUCAUUCUUCAAGAAAAAGUAGUUGCGGUAUUCACCGGCACAUGUAUCUACCAUUGGUGUGGACAGCAAGUCGAACAUUAGAUUUGUCUCAAUCUCCUGGAAAUACGUAAUUUAUUUAUUGACCAAGAAUCAAGAUUUAAACUGAUGUUUUUUGCAUGUAGUCAUUUUAGAAAAUAACUAUCUAUUGUGUCUUCAAUAGGGUGGUACACUUAUAACUAUCUAUUGUGUCUUCAAUAGGGUGGUACACUAAUAACUAUCUAUUGUGUCUUCAAUAGGGUGGUACACUAAUAACUAUCUAUUGUGUCUUCAAUAGGGUG